GCUGGGAUUUGUCCCGCCCACCGCCGCCUGCCAAGUUCCGUUUCCGGCUUGCUGGGAACUAGGGUCUAGAAAGUGACCGCUGCCGUGGUCGCCAUGGGGAAGUCAGAUUUUCUUACUCCCAAGGCUAUCGCCAACAGGAUCAAGUCCAAGGGCCUGCAGAAGCUACGCUGGUAUUGCCAGAUGUGCCAGAAGCAGUGCCGGGACGAGAAUGGCUUUAAGUGUCAUUGUAUGUCCGAAUCUCAUCAGAGACAACUAUUGCUGGCUUCAGAAAAUCCUCAGCAGUUUAUGGAUUAUUUUUCAGAGGAAUUCCGAAAUGACUUUUUAGAACUUCUCAGGAGACGCUUUGGCACUAAAAGGGUCCACAACAACAUUGUCUACAAUGAAUACAUCAGCCACCGAGAGCACAUCCAUAUGAAUGCAACUCAGUGGGAAACUCUGACCGACUUUACUAAGUGGCUGGGCAGAGAAGGCUUGUGCAAAGUGGAUGAGACACCAAAAGGCUGGUAUAUUCAGUACAUAGACAGGGACCCAGAAACUAUUCGCCGGCAACUGGAACUGGAGAAAAAGAAAAAGCAGGACCUUGAUGAUGAAGAAAAAACUGCCAAAUUUAUUGAAGAACAAGUGAGAAGAGGCCUGGAAGGGAAGGAGCAGGAGGCCCCUACUUUUACGGAAUUAAGCAGAGAAAAUGAUGAAGAGAAAGUCACGUUUAAUUUGAGUAAAGGAGCAUGCAGUUCAUCCGGAGCAACGUCUUCCAAGUCAAGUACUCUGGGACCGAGUGCACUGAAGACAAUAGGAAGUUCAGCAUCAGUGAAACGAAAAGAAUCUUCCCAGAGCUCAGCUCAGUCCAAAGAAAAGAAGAAAAAGAAAUCUGCACUGGAUGAAAUCAUGGAGAUUGAAGAGGAAAAGAAAAGAACUGCCCGAACAGACUACUGGCUACAGCCUGAAAUUAUUGUGAAAAUUAUAACCAAAAAACUGGGAGAGAAAUAUCAUAAGAAAAAGGGUAUCGUUAAGGAAGUAAUUGACAAAUACACAGCUGUUGUGAAGAUGAUUGAUUCUGGAGACAAGCUGAAACUUGACCAGACUCAUUUAGAGACAGUAAUUCCAGCACCAGGAAAAAGAAUUCUAGUUUUAAAUGGAGGCUACAGAGGAAAUGAAGGUACCCUUGAAUCCAUCAAUGAGAAGACUUUUUCAGCUACUAUCAUCAUUGAAACUGUAAGUUUGUUUAUACAAAGACAGAAAUUUCAAAAUGCUUUAAAAAUGUGCCAUAGUGUUUUCUAAUUGGAUUGUUCUUUAUUUUAGAAUUUGAGUUUUUUAUUAGCCUUGUAUCCUAUUUGGAAAUCUGUAAGCUUAUUUUCUCUAAUGACUGUACCAUUGCUAAAGUAUUUUAUUUUCUGAUUACAAAAGAAAUGUUACUCAUGCUUAAAACCUGAAAAAUAUAUUUUAAUUUAAUAUAAAUAAAUAAUUAUAAAAAUCAUAAUCCCCAUUAAUAUUUUGGUCUGUUCCUUUCCAAUCUUGGUGUUUUAUGAAAGUGUGUAUAAUAGGUACCGUUUGUAUCCUUUUUUCCCCUCAUAUUGAAUAUAAAACUCAAUUUGGCAUAGUGAAGUUAGUGGGGGAAGUAUAGUCAUUGUCAAGAGGAAGGGAACCACAGAGGUCACCCACUUUUUUAAAUGUCUUCCCUUUUUUCAUAAAGGAUUUAAGGUAGCAGAGAUCAAUACAGUGAUUUAAAGAACUCUGACAUACAAACAAAGUUGGUUAUUGACUUAGAACUGAUAUUUCACUGACAGGUCUGUGACUGAGGCCCGAGAUAUCUUCAGAAAGAAAGUUUCCUUUUAAAACUCUGAACUACUGCACUGCAUAUCUUUGAUGCUAAACAAAAGAAUUUUUCAUCUCCAGUACAGUCCGUUUUAGUAUUUCUGGGGGAGCUUGGGAGUAAUAGAUCACUAAGGGAGUUUAAUGAAAGUUUAGACUCUUCAAAACGUUGCACAUAAUUUGCUAAAUUUUCUUUGUUCUCUUGGGGAGUUUAUAGGACCCCUAAGCCCAUGGGCCUGUUAGAGGAUAUGUGUCUAGGAAGGUUUUCUGGAAAAAUCAUUUAGGUCCUUAUUUGAGAGAAUUCUCCUUUCAGUAAAUCAAACUUUUCUUUUUUUUUUUUCUUUCUGAUCCUGACAAUGCUAACCUAGAAACUGUUACUUGCUAACUGUUACUCACUAAUGUAAACUAAGGGGAAAAAAGGGAAAAAGGACUCUUACUUGGCAUUGAGGAACGUGUGAGUCUGACUAAAUUAGCAGAUUGAGUUUUAACAAAAAACUCUAAGAUUUUCUCUGACUCCGUCAGCAUAAAGCAAUAGAACAUCCAGUAUUUCCUUGACAACUUGCUUAUCCUUCCCUUAUUAAUUUCUUUUUUUUUUUUUUUUUGCAUGGACCAUGCAUGAAACUUACCUUACUAAUUCCAUAGCGCUAUCAAAUGCAGAUCCUGUUUCAUGUUUUCAUCUCAGGGAAACACAAAACAACUGAUUACUGUUGAGGCUGUGUUGAGUUCCAUCUUGAUACCUUUGGUUUGCAGGUUGUGUCCAUUCAUCAAAAGCUAAUUUCUCACCUUCUGCACUGUAGACCCAGUUUCAUCUUCUGUACUGAGGUAGAACUUAGGAGCAAAUCCACAUGAAAAGCCUUUCUGUUUGAUUGCAAAGCAACAUGUAGUUCUUUUAGAAGAGGGAAUCUACCAGCUGGGCAUGGUGGCUCAACCCUGUAACCCAGCACUUUGGGAGGCCA